UUAGUGCUGACUGUCAGAUUAGCCUCGGUGGCUAACAGCAGUGUGUAGCUGAACUGUUAAAAGCCGAAGAGAAUCAUGUUGGGAGAAAUAUUAGAUCUACCGGCUGAACAUCAGAUCUUUUACGCUGUGUUGGUGUUUUCAUGGGCUGUUUAUCUAUGGGAGGCCUACCUCGCCUUCAGACAGAGGAGGAUAUACAGGUCAACGACGCACGUGCCUUCCGAGCUGGGAAAGAUCAUGGACUCGGAGACUUUUGAAAAGUCGCGGCUCUACCAGCUGGACAAGAGCAACUUUGGCUUCUGGUCGGGACUUUACUCCGAGACUGAGGGGACGCUGAUCCUGCUGUUUGGAGGAAUCCCGUUUCUCUGGAAGAUCUCAGGGACCGUGACCGGGCGCUUUGGUCUGGGUCCGGAGUACGAGAUCUCUCAGUCGCUGGUGUUCCUGAUUCUCGGGACGUUGUUCAGCGCCUUCACCGGGCUGCCGUGGAGUCUGUACAGCACGUUCGUCAUCGAGGAGAAGCACGGCUUCAAUAAGCAGACACUAGGUUUCUUUCUGAAGGACGCUUUGAAGAAGUUCGCGGUGACCCAGUGCAUCCUGCUGCCCGUCACCGCGCUCCUGCUCUACAUCAUAAAGAUCGGAGGAGACUACUUCUUCAUCUACGCCUGGCUCUUCACGCUGGCCGUCUCCCUGGUCCUGGUCACCAUCUACGCCGACUACAUCGCUCCGCUGUUCGAUAAGUUCACCCCGCUGCCGGACGGAGAACUGAAGACCGACAUCGAGAGCAUGGCGCAAAGCAUCAGCUUCCCGCUCACCAAGAUCUACGUCGUGGAGGGCUCUAAAAGAUCGUCCCACAGUAACGCCUACUUCUACGGCUUCUUCAAAAACAAGCGCAUCGUGCUGUUCGACACGCUGCUGGAGGACUACUCGCCUCUCAACAACAAAAACGAGGGAGAAUCCGCCGACGAGCAGGAGAAGAGCGAGGACACGGCAGAAGAAAGCAAACUCCAACCCAAGAACAAGAAGCAAGGCUGCAGUAACCAGGAGGUGCUGGCGGUUCUUGGUCAUGAAUUGGGACACUGGAAGCUCGGACACACUGUGAAGAACAUCGUCAUCAGCCAGAUGAACUCCUUCCUGUGCUUCUUUCUUUUCGCUGUUCUGAUUGGUCGAAAGGAACUUUUCACGGCCUUUGGCUUCCUCGACAGCCAGCCGACUCUCAUUGGUCUGCUGAUCAUUUUCCAGUUCAUCUUCUCCCCCUAUAACGAGGUGCUGUCGUUCUGCCUGACCGUGCUGAGCCGCCGCUUCGAGUUCCAGGCCGACGCCUUCGCCCAGGCCAUGGGCCGAUCCGUCGAGCUCUGCUCGGCCCUGAUCAAGCUCAACAAGGACAAUCUGGGCUUCCCUGUGGCCGACUGGCUCUUCUCCAUGUGGCACUACUCGCACCCGCCACUGCUGGAGAGGCUGAGGGCUCUCAAGGGUCAGAAGAAACAGGACUGACGUUUUCACCAGGGGGCGCCGCGUUCACCACACGCCCCUCGUCGACCCGGUCUGCGCCGGCCGCUGCUGGACCUGUGAAGAGAAGCGGUGAAGUUCUCUCUCUCUCUCUCUUCGUGUCUCUGGUUCUGUUUCAGAUUUUUUUGCUUUGAGGUUUUCAUUUGUGAAUUUUUGUACCUCUUUUAAUUCGCUGGUGUUAAUGAUGCUUGUAAGAAGAGGAACGAAGGCUUGACUUUGUACUUGCAGUGUUGGUUUCUGAGCUGCCAUCACGGCCGUGUGUGUCCUAGGGCUGGGCGAUAUAUCAGUAUUGAAAUUCAUAUGCGUCUCGUAUCUGAAUCUGAUCGAAUUGGAACCAGAUUUCCGUCCAAAUUUCAUCCAAAUGAGCUCGUACCACCACUGCUGAGACACGCACCACCAGCCUGGUCGGGGAGGUCAGAUUGGGCGUCAUCUACGGUCCAGUCUGUGUACGACUUAAAGCUCCGUUUAUGAAUCUGCCCCCGUCUGGUUAAAGGACGCCGCUUUACAGCAGUGUGUCUGAGAAGUGUGCCAGGCUACGACUCUCCUCAGCCAGCGUGGACGUCACGACUAGCUAAGAUGAAGCUCGACCCACCUUCUGACCUGGCUGCAGGAACCAGAAUAAAAUCUGAUUGAUUCUGAAGGUCUUGUGUGCCUUAUUUCCAGUCCAGUACAGUCCUGAUACUCAAUAAGCAUAAAGUAAUGUAGUAUAAACUGGGUUUAUGUCAUUUAGACGGAUCACAUGGGGUUUUAUUGUCAUUUCAGCCAUGUACAGCGUGUGUAGUACACAGUAAAGCAAAUGAUGUUACUCCAGGACCUACAAGUGCUACAUGGAACUAACUAAUACAGCAUUGUGUUGUGCAUGUGUUUUGCAUUGUCAUUAUUUCAGGACCGACAGCAAAACCAAGCAAAUUAAAUAUCAUAAUAGAUUCUGUGUAUUGUGAACGUGUCUUCAAAUCUUUUGCUAUAUCGUCCAGUCCUAACGUUUCUUUUACAAGUUUCAUGUCAUCUACAGAUCCAUUCAUUCCUAAAUCCUAAUUUUAUGUCCAAAUCCUUCAUCUUUUAAAACCACCUUUAAGUGGUUUGUAAUUAAAAUGUCUUUUAUAUCACAAUAAUAUCAAUUAUCUCGUCACAUAGAGCAUUUCUCCACUGCACAAUUGAAUAAAUACCCCUGCAACUAUAUGUGCAGCCUCAUCCACUUAUAAAUGACAUUUUUUGAGCUUAGAUCAGCCGAUUUUGGGGCUUGUUUUCUGUGUGGCAACCUCUAAACCUUGGUGAUGUAAAGCUUGCAGUGCUACAGCGCCAUUCGUUAUGUAUUCAUUUGUAAUGUCUAUGAUAAAGGUUUCAGCACAUCACUAAUCAAACUGAAUCUGAACGUCAGACCUCUAAUGACUUUUAUUGUUCGCUUGUAUUAUUGAUUUGUAGUAAUGGCACGCUGUCAUUCGGCACACACUUUAAUGAAUCGUCCCAUUUUCUGUCAGGUCCAUUUCAGGUUCGGCUGCACCCUGCGUUACCACUUGACCUCGGUGAUGUGAUGUUAAUGAUUGUACCAUGGUUCAUGAAUAAAACCCUUCCUAGCAAUUUCA